AGUUAACGGAACCCUCAGUUCAUCUGGCACUCCCCGCCACAUUUUAGCGCCGAAACAAAGAAACCCUAGGGUUUUCUCUUAGGCAAAUCAUGGGUGGAGGCAACGGUCAGAAAGCCAAGAUGGCUCGGGAGAGGAAUCUGGAUAAGCUAAAGGGUGCCAAAGGAAGUCAGCUCGAUACGAACAAAAAGGCCAUGAAUAUCCAGUGCAAGGUGUGUAUGCAGACAUUUAUGUGCACAACAUCAGAGGUGAAGUGUAAGGAACAUGCUGAAGCAAAACACCCAAAAUCUGAUCUCUAUGCUUGUUUUCCUCAUCUCAAAAGUUGAAGCUCUUUAUGCGUGAAACAUCCUUGCAGAUAAAAAAGUUGAUAUGACUACCCGUCACUAGUUGCGACAGUCAGCCCAAUCAAGUUGUGAACUGCUUGUAGUAUUUGUGUGCUUGUUUGUGAGACUUGCAAAUUGUGUGAAUGGUUGGUCUUAAUAAUGAAGCUUCCUGUCGACAAAAUAAUGUCAUAUGUGAAUGAAACAUGCAGAUGCUGAAAUUAAAACCCAUAUGUGAACAAACCAGAAGCCAUUUGAGAAUCUAAA